AUGGCGGGGCUGCUGAGGAGGUUGGGGAGGGCUUCCGCUCUCGCCGUGCUCGGCGGCGCUUUCGGGGAGCAGCACAGGUGCGGCGCUGGGGGCGCUGGGGCCCGUCGGUUGCCCCUGGGGGCGGUCGCAGCAGUCUCCGGCGGGGUCGCGUUCCUGUAUACCUGGAGCUCUCCCGUCACGGUGAGCUCAUUUCUUUCUGAGGGAUCUGAUCUACCCGUGGGAACUCGUUUUAGAGGCGGGUCUGCACGCGAUCUCGGCUGUGCUGCCUUGCCGGAGAUGAACUGCUGCUCCUUCUCGUCCGAGGCUUGCAUUUUCGCCUCGUUGGCUCCUCCCGUUUGUCCGUCCUUUGUGUCGUCGUCCUGUGUUCUUCUAUCGUCCGAUAUCUGGUGAUCCUGGUUUUGGUUGGAUUUCGAUAGGUUUUGACCUGACAUCAGAUCAUUCCCUUCAUGGUUGACCGGGGUUAAAAAUAGUCUGGGAGGUAGGUUGUGGUCUGUAGCUAGCUUUGGACUGGGUUUCUAAUGGCCUCAAUCCUCUUCCCUCAUCGCGAUGGAAUGACUAUUCAUUUCUCUAUCGCCUCUACAGAGACGAGCUCUCUCUCUCUCUCUCUCUCUCUCUCUACGUGUUCAUGUGGGAUUGUCAUACAUUCAUCUAGAAGUCUGUUUUGAUCUGCAUUUAGUUGGUUUUCUGGGAAAAGAUGCAGUGCGCUAUGGGAUGGGCUGUAGAGGAUCCCAUCAUCGUGUCUGUCUUCUGUUUAUCUCCAGCAAGUGUUUUCAAUUGAUGCAUUGUCCCCAGCAUGCUGUCAGUUUCUCUGUCUGGUAGAGGGAUCAUCCCAUUCUCUUGACCUUCGAUUGCUUGCUUUGCCAAAUUUCACUCUCCCCCGCCCCCUCCCCAUUUCUUCUCGUGAUUUUAGUGUUUGUGUCCAGUAACAACUGAAAUCGCAUCAGCUGAUACUGUAACCCCUGCUAACAGUGUCAUCUUGAAGAGGAAAAACAAGAAGCUUCAGAAAAAGUUGGUGAGAUUCACACUCUUUUCUUUUCAGCUGUUUUUUACUUGGCGAAUGGAGCACCGAGGUUCCCUGUGGGGAUUUCAUGUGUUAUUUCUAGCUGAUGUUAGGCAUCCGAUGUUUCACUGGGAUCAUAUUUUCCAACGAAUUUACCAACGAAAUAUGUUCCAUACAUCGUAUUUUGCUUAUUCUCUGAUGCACAUAAGAAAAAACUAUAGCAUUAAUAAUGUAGGUUUGAAAAUCAUAAAAAUCAUAACAUGUUGUCCGUCUGGUUGCUGUGCAACUGGAAGCACCUUUAGUGUCUUUUUCUAUGCAGGGUAUGAGAAUUUGUCAACGUGGAAAACUGGAACUGUACAAAAUUAGUUUUCUUUACACAAUUUUUAAAAUUAAUGGUGUUAAUUUCUGUCAAUCUAUCACGUAAUCGAAAGGGGCAACAGUGUUUGGCCGCCCCUAUUAUUUUAUCAUGGUCCUUGCAUAUCUUUUUCUUGCCAAAUAUUCUGAAAUUGCACCCAAAAAAAGUAAUAAUAAACAUGGCCUCCAGUUGAGAAUCAAAAUCCAUAAAUCUGUAACAAAUAAACGUGUCACAGAUUUGUGGUUUCCCAUUUCUGUAAACGCUUGGUUUAGUGAACCAUUGUUGAUACCUCUUUAUGUUACUUCCCAGAGGCCCCCACCUUCUUCCCUCUUUUGGCAGUUUUUUGUUAAAAAUAUAAGGAGAAGAGAUGCCGCAAUGAAAUUGCCAGAGAUUAAUUCUGGGAAAUCUCAAAACAGAACCGCAGUUUAGAUUUCUGACCAAAAUUGUCUUAUAUUUUCUCAUAAAAAAUAUUUACCAAUAAAUUUCAAAGGUCUAACUCGAGUCACUUAUGUUUGCUUUUGCUUGAUUUUCCUAUCUAAAACAUGAAGAUUUUUAUCGUCUAUCUUUUAUUUUGUUUUGAGAUUUAGUUAUUCAAGUGAUUGAAAAGUUUGCACUCUGCUUCAGCACUUAGUCCAGAUAAAUGGACGGAAUUUAAACUCCAUGAAACUGCUAGGGUCAGCCACAACUCUCAUUUAUUCAGGUAAAUCUGUUAUUAUUGCUCUCCAUUUGUUGCCUGCUGAGAUUUCUAGUCCACACGUCUCUUUCUCUACUUUUAUUUGUAAAGCAUAUUAUGAUUUUUUCAGCCCAUGCUAUAAAAUACUUUGCCGUUGACUGAUGAACUCCCUCUUUGCUCAACUUACCUGCCCAUCUUUUUCCAAUUCCAUAAUGAGAUUAGUUGUAUUAAUCUUGACUUGAACACGAUCUCUCAACGUAUAUAACUGGACGAUUAAGACAUCAUUACCAGGUUUGUCAGAAAAUGACAAGAGGAGUAUGUAGUGCUGCUAUCUAUGUAUGUAUAUAUAUAGGUGUAUAACAUCUACUUUUUGGUCUGAUUUCUCAACUAACCUUGGAUGCUUUCAAUCCUAGGUUUACAUUUGAUCAUGAAGCCAAAUUGGGUCUCCAUGUUGCAUCAUGUAUUCUUACGAGGUAUUUUAUUUUAUUUUAUUUGUUAACUUCCCUUAUCAUCCAGUUCAAUGAACUUAUUUGGCUACACCUGCGAAUUGGGAUAGUUGGUUCUAGCUCCUCAUUCAGUUGUUACUUAGAUUGAAUAUGAAUCUAAAUAUGAUAUACAUUGGGAAUCCUAAGUGGCAAUGGUUAUUGCAGGGCUCCCCUAGGAGAAGAUGCAGAAGGGAAAAAGAAAUAUGUCAUCCGGCCGUGAGUUGUUAAUCUGCAUCUCCUGACAUUUUCAUGUUUAUCACAUUAUAAAUAUUACGGUAUCAGCUUUCAAUGGGCAUUGAAAAAGAUACCACUGUUGAAUGGAGAACUUUGUACAUUGCAUAACUGAUUUCCAUUUGCGUCCAGCGUAGAGGGUAUUUUUCUUUCUGCAUUAUAGCCUUUACUGUCUAAACGUAAUUUACGGUUUAAAUCCACAUACCUAUCUUGCCAAAUAGCAGAUAACACAUGAUCAUUUUUAUGUAUGACUAAUGGUCAGCUUGUUAGAACAUUUAUGAUUUUAUGUAUGACUAAUGGUCAGCUUGUUAUAACAUUUAUGAUUUUAUGUAUGACUAAUGGUCAGCUUGUUAUAACAUUUAUGAUUUUAUGUAUGACUAAUGGUCAGCUUGUUAUAACAUUUAUGAUUUUAUGUCUUUUCUUUCAGGUAUACUCCUAUCUCAGACAUUGAAUCUAGAGGAUACUUUGAUCUCUUAAUCAAGGUAAAAAAGUAAGGGUUGAUUAAUUUAUUUGUUAAAAUUUCAUCAAGUUAGUGACGAUAUGUAUACGCAUGAUAUUUUUGUGUUUACAUUCAAACUUAAAGAGCACCUUAUGUUGUUGGUUUGUGAAAAGAGACUGUCAUGAACACCCCCAACUCGGUCUCAUACUUGUGUUGCUGAAUGCAUUUUCAAUCUUGUAGGUUUAUCCCGAAGGAAAAAUGAGCCAGCACAUUGCAGGAUUGAAGCCUGGAGAUGUACUGGAAGUUAAAGGGUAAGUCAUGCCAUCAAACUUCCCCAGUGAGAAGAACAUGCACAUGUAUAACUGAACCAAUAUCAUAUCCUGCUUGUAUCUUUCAGGCCUAUCGAAAAGUUCAGAUAUAGCCCAAAUAUGAAAAAGCAGAUUGGCAUGGUAUGCUGCUCAUCAUAAUAGUUAAUGUUAUUAAUAUGAUUCUAAUCGCACCUUGUGAAAGUCUUAGGAUUUUCUUAGCUAUUUGUCUCUAUUAAUGCUUUUUUCCUAACUAAGAAACAUGUUUACAUAAAUAUUUCCGUAGUCUAUUGCUUCUUUUUUUUUUUGCUAUAACAGUGUUCCAUGACUGGCAAAACAAUUCAUAAUCCCAUCUGCGACUAUUUUGCAUAAUAACAAGGAUCGUCUCAUAAAUAUGUUGACACUCAUAUUCUUUAUGAAUUAUUUAUUUAUUGAUUAUAAUAAAAGGCACCUCUAGUGACAUAACCGUGUCCAUGUUGGGAUCAAUCUCUCAUUUUUUUUCCUGUAAAAUUUACUCCUUCUUUAUCGCUGCAUCAAACGUUCUUUAGCUCAAGGAUAAGGCAUUUGCUACAUUGUCAUAAAAAACCCUUAAUACUUACUUUAAGAUCUCAUUCUCUCUCCCGGGGAUUAGUCAAAUCACUAAUAAUUCACGCGUCAAUUGAUGCCUGUGAUAAUUUUUAAAAAAAAUGUGAAGCCAUUUUGUAAAAUAUUUGAUUGUCAUUCACUUAUUUGAUCUCACCAAAGAGAACUUUGACCUAAUUUGUAAAUUCUUGUAUUUACCAUAACUUCUGGCUAUCUGACUGGUUAGUGCAUGCGCUUGUGUCUUGGAUACUAUGCGAAAGUAUCGCAUGCCAGGGCCUGCAUUAGGCAGUGUGCGUACUCGAGACAUCAUUUAAUGGGGCAGAUGGUUAUGACUACUGCAUAUUUUAUCUGUCCGCUUUCAAGAAGGCCCUUCAAGCACAAGCGCAGAGAAUCUUGAGGGGUUUCGGUAACCAGCAAAGUGCUAGUGAAAAUCGCUGAUUUUCUUAGCUGAAAAGCCCAUGACUUGGAUGGCAUGGAUGAGGAGGGCUUGCUUUCUGCCAAGACUAGCUUUUACAAAUUAGGUUUUCGGACAAGGUGUUUGUACACCUUGUCUCAAUGCUGAGCACUGGGGAGGCUGUGUACUUUGAAAGUAUCUCUAAUGUUUAACUGGAGUUGAACAGUUUUUGUUUUUUCUUGGUGAUUUUUUUUUUUUUGGGUUACUUAUUCCCAGUACUUGAUUUUAUAAGAUGAUUCUUGUUUCUUUUCCCUGCCUGCCCAAGAUUGCUGGUGGCACAGGUAUCACACCAAUGCUGCAAAUCAUCAUGGAGAUCGUCAAGAAUCCAGAUGACAACACACAGGUACACAUUGAUAAUAUGACGAUCCAUUCCAUGUUAUCAGUCACUAGCUUCAAUGGUUAAAUAAGCAUGCAGAAGGGAGUACAUCGUCCCAAUUUUUGCUUGUAUUGAACCGACUCUGUACAUUUCUUCCUACAAUAUUUAUGCGCUGGCCCUAUCUUGCUGCUUGAAGGUGUACUUUUUUCUUUUUUGGGCACCUUUUCCAACCAAGCUCGUUCAAAAUCCAUGGAUCAUGCUUGAAAAGAUAUUGACCGAAGUUUCACCUCAGAUUAGCUUAUCUUGAAUAUUUUAACAAAUCACUGCUGACUCGUCUGCUUAAGCUUCUUUCUGCUGAUGGGUCAACGUCAACGUCAACGUCAACGUCAACGCAUCAUCCCCUUUUCAGGUGGCGCUUCUGUACGCCAACGUAUCUCCCGAUGACAUAUUGCUGAAAGGAAAGCUCGAUCAGCUCGCAGCCGCCCAUCCAAACGUCAAGGCAACCACACCAUCCUCAGAGCACCAGAGUCUCUGCGUCCAUCUCGUAAUCCCAUCUUUUCAUCUCUCUUUCUGGGCCUGGAAACGUGCAGGUCUUUUACACCGUCGAUAAUCCCUCCAAAGCUUGGAGAGGAGGCGCGGGUUACAUAUCCAAGGACAUGAUCUUGAAGGGGCUGCCCGCACCGGGUGAAGACACGAUGAUCCUUGUGAGCUUCUUCUGCAACCCGUUCUCCAGCCCUUUUGUCUUCUGGUAUGGAAGCUUUUGUCUUCUGGUUCAUUUCUCUCCCAUGGCUGCGCAGGUGUGCGGCCCUCCGGGGAUGAUGAAGCAUGUGUCCGGGGAGAAGGCCAAGGACUGGACUCAGGGGGAGGUGAGGGGCAGGCACUGGGCUGCCAACUGCCUUGUUUCACUGAGAUCCUCCUCUGUGCUUUGUGCUCCGUGCUCUGUACUCACCACAUGCUCAUUCUCCUGGUUUAUCUGCAGCUCUCGGGACUGCUCAAAGAAACCGGGUACACGGAAGGAAUGGUGUUCAAGUUUUGA